CAUUUAAACACGCUGGGUGUUCGUGUUUAUGAACUUCCAUAUGAUGUUGACAAACUACAGUUCUCUUUUUUUACCGUCUGGAUCCCUGUCCUUCAGUCCUACUUUCUAUCUACUUCGCUAUCUAGCUGAAUAUUUACUCCGAACAGCGACAUGUUCCUAAAGAUUAACUGGCACGCAUGCAGAGUGUCACUGAGGAAUGGCGUGGAGUUCCUCUGGUCCUCGUACUCUAUUCCAACUCCACAGACCGCUAAACAAGUCUUCACCCUCCUGCUCCUCUGUUUGGUCAUCUCCACAAGCACUGGUGCUCUACUCUUCCACUGGCUAAGUGGGCUCUUAAGGUACCACCCCCAGACUGCGGGCAUCGCCGCAGGCAUCUACACUAUAGCUAUCUUGCUCUUCACAUUCCUCGUACAUCCUUUUCGGUGUGCAUUCACACUGAUGUUUCCAACGCUGGGCACCCAACAGGGACGCAAACUUGUUCUCUCAGGGUGCGUGGUGAUUGUGCUGAUUUAUGUUCUUCCGAACAUUGGCACUAACAUAGUUGAACUUGCACACCUCAUGAAGUGCACAUCAGAGAACGUCGCUCACAGCGUCCUCGAUUUAUCGGAAUUCUGUAACAUCAUAAAGAGGGAUAUCAUUUCUAAAGUUAAAAAUAUUAAAGACUCAUUUUUUGUACAAUUUGUGGAGCAGAUAACUAGUUUUAAUCACCAUACAGAUAUUGAUGUGAGUGGUCUAAAAGAAAAUCUGAAAAAUUUAAGCAAACAUGUAGGGCAGGAUUUUUCCAAAGCCAUACAUCAACUAGACGAACUGAAGCUCCUUUCAAGCAGAAUAUUGGCUGCUGGUUUGGUGAUUUACCUUUUCAUGGAUUCAUCCAUUUACCUGAAGUCAUACCUGACAUCUGUAAGAUUUGAUAACGUCUACAUUACAGGACUGCUAAAAAAAAACGCAGACAGUAGAGGCAUCAAAGUGGAGGCAAAGGAUGUGAAAAAUGGAGUGAACGUCACCAGUUUCAGACUGUCAAAAAAAGAGCUCCUUAAGUGUUUACUUCCCAUUCUCAUGAUCACACUGUAUCUGUUGAUGACGAUCAUGCUUCUAGUUCUUGACUAUAUAGUGCAUUAUGCUGUGGAAACAGGCGGGCCUUGGCUUUUGGACAUUCCACCUACUGACAUUUCCAUGAACAUCCAUUUUAAGGUUGAUUAUAAGGAUAAUUUCCUUGAUAUAAUUGACUUUAAACAAUGUAGUCAUACGAAAAUCGUAAACUUCUUCAGGAUGUAUAACGCCACCAUUAGCUCUGAUGUGACUCAGUGCAAGACCAGGCCAAGCAAGCUGAAUGUAGGAGUGAUACUUUUACUGCUCCUACUCUACUUCCUCAGCUUCUGUCUCACUUUCCUGGAGGUCUACGCUCGACGCCUUCGCAGAAAAGUGGCCUCAUCUUUCUUCCAGGUGCAGGAAAAGAAAAGAAUCACAUUUCUUAUGGAUCAAAUUAUGUCCAAGAAGAAGAAAAUGCAGGCCAAACAAGCUAAACUUGAAAGUAGUGAGAGCAGGCAGUUGGGAAAUGAUAAGAGAAUAUUAAAGUUUUUACCACUUGGUAGAUUAUAUGCAUGUUUUCCUGCAAGAAAAGGCAAGGUGGUCAAGCACACUGAGGAAAACCAGAAGAUAGAUCUCUGACUGUACUGAGUGAAAAUGGCAAGCUGGCCUCAUUUUAUUUUAACAUUUGACUGCAAAUUAUGUUAUGCUGACUUUUAUUUUAAGAGUGGCACAGAGAUGCAGAGGGCAUUUCCAGGGUUUUAAUUUCUACUUGAUCCUGAGCUCAGGUUGCUUUCUGUGCAGUAUCUGUGUGGUUCUUCCAGUCUCCUUCCAGCUCCCAAAAAGGUGCUAGUAGGUGUAUUGCCUUCUCUAGAUUCCCCCAUGGUGUAAAAUAGUAUUUGAACGAGUGUGUACAGGGUGCUAUGCAAUGACCUGGUGUCCCAUCCAGUGUGUAUUCCCCCUUUCUGGAACAGUUAAUACAAUCUAAUUUCAUCUAAUGAUAUCCAUCCAUAAAUAUAUCCAUUUUUGUACCACUUAAGCCUGGAGCCUAUCCCAGGGGACUAUCGACACCAGGCAGGGGACACCCUGACCAACCCAUCACAUGGGCACAAACACACACUAGAGACAAUUUAGAGAUGCCAAUCAGCCUAAAAUACAUGUCUUUAGACUGGAUGAGGAAGCACAGGAAGACUGUGAACUCCACUCACACAGGACAGAGGCAGGAAUCAAACUCCCAUCCAUACAGAUGCACGGAAAACAUACCAACCUCUAAGUGCCUGUCAGUUACAUUAUUAUUAAUAUCAGUGAUGUUAUUAGAAGCACUGAUAUUAAUAAUAAAUAAUAAUUUAUUAAUUAAUUAUUUUAAUAAUUAAUAUUAAUGAUAAUGAUAUUUAUAUAUUGUAUGUCUUACUUUUAAUGAUUAUUACGAACAGUUGGAUAUUAAGAAUUGUUACACAUAAUAUUCUGAGUCCUAUAAUUUCCACAUCUCUGUAGAACAAGGCAAGGAUGGUAAGUCUCUAAAUGUCCACUUGAUGUCAGUAGCCUAACAUGUUUAAAUCCGUUUGGCUGUGCACGAAUAAAGGUGUCUAGCACUUAAAGUAUCAAGGAAAUAUAAGUAUAUAUAAGUAAAUAAAAGUGUUCUUUUUUGUGUGUGAUUGUGUUUAUACAUAUAAUUAUACAUGUAGACAUAUACAUUCUGUAUAUGUGUAGAAGACCUGCAGUGGCUUAUUAGGAUUUUCAGGAGAUAAAAUUCUUGUUAUUACUAAAUAAUAAGGAAACUACUUUUUCAGUGUUAAUCAUAUAGAUACAGUAUUUGUGUCUGGCUGAUAGAACAGAAAUCAACAAUGCUGCUUUGAUUAAAUCAGGUUGUACAGUGCAAUAAAAUCUCAGCUCUCUCUUAUUUAGCACAGACCCUAUACCUCAUUGUUCAUCAUGUUUUAUAAAAUAAAAUCUCAGACUGCUGAUUACUGUCAUUAUGCAACAGUGAAAGAGAACCAAGCCGUAUGCAAAGAACUGUACCUGUUCACAAGCUGCCGAAUAAAAGGAUCAGAGAAAACAGGAUAUUAAUGAGAAGAUAAUCAUGCCUUUUUACUGGUCAUUCGGGUAAUUAGGAAGAUGGUUUCAAUUACUUUUGAAAGUAGUAGAGGUCACAUGGCAGAUGUCUGUUGAGAUAAUGGUUUAGUCUGGAGCAGGGGCAUUUUA